GCCCGCGCGGACCCAGAGCAAGAAGGGGGUAAACAAGAAGAUGCCUCGGCCCGGCCGCAACACGUAUAGCGACCAGAAGCCGCCCUACUCGUACAUCUCGCUGACCGCCAUGGCCAUCCAGAGCUCGCCCGAGAAGAUGCUGCCGCUGAGCGAGAUCUACAAGUUCAUCAUGGACCGAUUCCCUUACUACCGGGAGAACACACAGCGCUGGCAGAACAGCCUGCGCCACAACCUCUCCUUCAACGACUGCUUCAUCAAGAUCCCGCGGCGUCCAGACCAGCCGGGCAAAGGCAGCUUCUGGGCGCUGCACCCUAGCUGCGGGGACAUGUUCGAGAACGGCAGCUUCCUGAGGCGCCGCAAGCGCUUCAAGGUGCUCAAGUCGGACCACCUGGCGCCUAGCAAGCCGGCUGACGCUGCGCAGUACUUGCAGCAGCAGGCCAAGCUGCGCCUGAGCGCACUGGCUGCCUCCGGCACGCACCUGCCGCAGAUGCCGGCUGCCGCCUACAACCUAGGCGGCGUGGCGCAGCCCUCGGGCUUCAAGCACCCCUUCGCCAUCGAGAACAUCAUCGCGCGUGAAUACAAGAUGCCUGGGGUGGCCUUCUCCGCCAUGCAGCCCAUGCCCGCCGCCUACCCUCUCCCCAACCAGUUGACUACCAUGGGCAGCUCGCUGGGCACUGGCUGGCCACACGUGUACGGUUCCGCAGGCAUGAUCGAUUCGGCCACCCCCAUCUCCAUGGCCAGUGGCGAUUACAGCGCCUACGGCGUGCCGCUGAAGCCGCUGUGCCACGCAGCGGGCCAGACGCUGCCCGCCAUCCCGGUGCCCAUCAAACCCACGCCGGCCGCAGUGCCUGCGCUGCCCGCCCUGCCCGCGCCCAUCCCCACCUUGCUCUCGAACUCACCCCCCUCGCUCAGCCCCACAUCCUCGCAAACAGCCACCAGCCAAAGCAGCCCCGCCACUCCCAGCGAAACGCUCACCAGCCCGACCUCCGCCUUGCACUCCGUGGCGGUGCACUGACCCGAAGCGGCCGGCGCCCCCUCUUGUUCCUCUCCCCGCUAGCUCACUCGCCUUCCCCGGCUCCCAGUCCUGCCCCCCUUGACCUGGGACCGCCACCCUAACGUGUCAAUUUCACCUUCGGCCGACCGUCUCGCUCCCCCUGAGAACUUUGUUUUGGACCCAGGAGACAAAACACAAACUUGCAGCUGGGUCUGGAGGCGCGUGGGAGUUGUCUUCUCACCCACUAGAGGGGAAGGCAGGGGGGCACCUGAGCCUAGCUGACCCGUUCCAGGGGUUCCCGAAAACCCUCCCACUUAAGAGGCAGGGGAAAUCCUGCCUCCGGCCUUCGCGGAGAGUAGGGCCGUCUUCCCUCCACCCGCACUGGCGGGCUCCGGCCUCCGCGCGGUUCCGAGACCAGAGAAACAGUCUCAGAGGUUUCCUCGAACAGAUCUCCCCGGAGGGCUGCAGUAUGGCAGCGGAGGGCCAGAUCUCUGUUCAAGUCCUGGGAAUCUGCUUCGAAAACAGACCACUAAUCUUCCUACCCCGCUCGCCUCCGCCCAUCCGGCAGGGGCUGGGCGGACCGCAGCUUCCCGUAGCAGCGGGCCUGCCUCCCCGGCUACCGCAGAAUUUUUUGUUUUGGGUUUUGAGUCCCGCCUGAGGCUCAAGGCGCCUGAGGCUAGGGAACAGGCUGCCGAGCUGGGAAGGGGACGCUCGUCCUCAACACCAGCAGAACAAAACUAAAAGUAACCUUGUAUUGUUUACAAAGCGCCCGGUAAAAUGUAAACAGUGAACUUGAAUCUGUUAUUGCUUGGCGGGUGAGCGGGCAAAGCCCACUUUACAAGUACCUGUUGUAAUGUGAAUGUUUACUCUUCA